UGACAAGUUUUGCACUGAGAGCACAUGCCUUGUGCAUUAGAAAGCGUGUCCCAUUGGGACCCUAGACUCGGUGACUCUGAACUGGAGAUUGUGACUCUUGAGUCUGUAGGUUUCUAAGAGAGGUUGAGUUGGAGAUGGAGCGAGCUGGUAUGUGAAAUAGAAAGUCUUGCCUCACUUAGGUGAAUCUACUAUUUUCUCCCUUCUCUUGGUUGUAACACUCAAUUUUGAUAAUUACGGGAACAUGUGUUUUAGCUAGAAGAUGUACCUCCUUACCCUAGAAAUAGGAUGGAACAGGUGUCCUGUGGCUGAUGAGCCUUCAGGGACUGCUGAGGGGUGGGUGGCACUCUGUCUUCAGCCUGGUUUAGAAAGGUCCCCUUCAGUCCAUCCGGUUUUGGUUUUUCUCCCCUCUGAGAUGACUGCUACUUUCCUCUGCCCUAGUUGUACCUUGGAAUUACAGUCACUGUGUCACAGGUCAUUCUUUCAUUCACUUACCAUUUUUUUGAUGCCCACUGGGUGUUAGACACCAUGCUGGAAUCUGUUGAGACAAAAAUGAAUUCGACAGACAAGUACACAGGCAAUUAUUGUACAGUGUGAUACAACUGUGUGGAAGGGGCUCUGGCUCUGGGAGUGCAGAGUGAGGCCAGGCCAUCCAGAAAAGCUCCCCGAUGAAGGGCAUGUGUGAAGGAGCCACACACUCUGUUUCUGUAAACACUGGUUGAGUCUUCUCUGCUUGUACUUCUCUCGUCUCCCAGAGGCCUUGGGUUUCCAAGAAAGGCUGGACCUAAACGGGCCUCACUAGCUACCCGUGGGAUCCUUUGCUGCCCUAAUCUCCCCUACCCAAUCACAUUGCCUUGGGUGUAAUUUUUCAGCAGGUCUGCGUUACAUUCUUCCAUCCCUGGCCAUUCAGGGGCUCUACUUCAUCAUCUAAGAAUGACUUGGGGUUCUCGUUUUAAAUUUGUGUGUAAGACAGGUUCUUCUCCCUGAACUAGAGCCAUUCUGUAUUCAGUCAGUGUACCUUUAAGUUGAGGAAGUAUACUGACUGAAACCUUAUUCUAGAACGAUUAUGAGCAACCCCUGACCUCUGACGCACGUAGCCCCCCACUUUCUACAGAAUGGCCUGUGAUCAGUGGUGGCCUUUUCAGCUCCUACAAACCAACGUGACUCAGGGAAAUUGAAAGGCUCUACUCAGGGCUAGAUUGGAGGGAAGCCUUCUUGAAAUCCUGGUGUGCUUGCGUUUUGGCUGUGGAAGCCAGGGGCUGGCAAAGGCACUCCAUAAGUGGGGUGGGGGGUCAGCACUGCGGCCCUCCUGGGCCACAGAGCCUUUGGGUACCAGGAGCCACCUCAGGGUGGUGUAGUGCAGACCAGCUAUAAUAGCCAGAACCCUGGGGGACAGUUUAAGAGAUGCCUGGAGCUGUUCCAGGUUUUAGGGCUUGCCCUGCCUUGUGCCACUCAAGCCGAGGUGAAUCCCGGAGGGCCAGCGAAUGGAGGAGGUGGGUCUGUUAAUUCUGUUCUCAGUACAUCCCAAUGCCAGGCAGACAAGAGGGUUCGGUAAAUGGGGUGGGAAGUCCCGAGUGGUAUGAAUUAGGUUCUCGCUUUGGCUCUGCUGUUCACUUGGUCUAAGACCUUAGGCAAAUCUUCUCUCCUAUGUGAGCCUCAUUUUUCUCAUUAGUAACAUGGUCCCUUUUCCAGGAUCAAGUAAAAUUCUUCAUUUUUUAACUUAAAAACACAAACCACACAUACUUGUUUUCUGACUUGGGCUUUGUACCAAAAAGGAUAAAGGGCUGUUAGCCACGAGUCUGAAGGAUGCUUAAUAAGGCCCACCGGGGGUUGGGAGCUCCUUGAAGGCACAGCCUUGUCUGUUGAAUGUACCCUCAAGCACAACACUGGCAGCAGUGAGCAUCUGAUGAAGGAGUGAGCAGUGUGAUGGACCCUGCCGUGUGAGUUGGGUGUUUGUAAGUACUGCUGGAAUUCAGAAUGAGAGAAGCUAAAAGUGAGGUGGGAAAUGCUUCUUGGACUGCGGGAAUUUGAGCUGCAUGCAGAGGACUCUGCCUGUUGUACCCUCUCGGUCAUGUAGCUAAUGACCUGGAAAACACUUAACCACCCUAGGGGAGUUCACUAUUUUAAAAGUUCUAAUUCAAAAGUUCCAAUUCCAGAAUUUUUUCUAAUGCUGAUAGAAGGCUGCUGAGCACAGAUGUAUAAACUAUUCUUUUUGCUUGUGUUUAUGUAUCUGCCAAGAAGAAUCUAGACUAGAGUGUACCUCCAUUGUAUAAUUAAGUGAUAUCUGUUGGCCAACCCGAGAAAGAAAAAAUUACAGAAGUCAUGGUGUGUUUUUUUCUAAAUGUAUUUUUGAGUUUUCUCUUUCAGUUGAACAUUUUUGUGAAGAUAGAACUAUGAAUGUAAAAUAUGCUUUAUCUUGAUGUGUCACAGCUCAAAGCUAAAUCAACAUGAAGUCUGUAAUUAUUAUUAUCUAUGGUUUAUUGAGCAUUUACUACAUACUGAGUGCUUUCUAUGCAUCACACUUGACCAUUACAGCACUCUUGUGAGGCAGCCAUAUCCCUUACCAUGAGUUGCUUGAGGCACCAUGGUAAUAGUAAGGGUCCUAAUCAUAUCUGUUUCCAGAGCUUCUUUUUCUCAUACCCUACCUUACCUUGGAAGUGAUACUAUUUGAGACAAUAUAUUUGUGUGACCUCUUUUUAAGAAGUUUUGUGAGUAACAAAAAAGCAGUGUUACCUUCUAGAGGAGUCUUCCAUGACACUCUCUCCCAUUCUAGAUGGGGUUGCCCUGCUACCAUGCACUUCUUCAUAGCUAUUGUUGUAUAGUUAUUUGUGCAAUAACUGUCUGGUAUCUGUGUUCCUAUUGAACUGUAAGUUCUGUCAGGUCUGAAUCCUUCCAUGUGCCAAACCUAAUGCCUGGUUUCUAGAAUGCCCUCUUAAAAGGUUGACUACAGGCAUGAAUGAAUGACACAUAACCAAAUUAGGGGGUAAUAAGAGUCCUUGAAAGCCACUUUGGUAAGUGGCAGAGUAAAAAAAUCUGUGUAUUCCAGAAAUCAUGUUUCUCUUCUCCAUCUCUAGGUUUUAUCUUGGAAACCAUGCUUGUUAAUAGCAUUGUAUGGAGAUAAGACUUCCUUGGCUUUCUCUUCAAAAAUACAAAGUCUCAAGCAGACAAGUGAAUAGAUAGUUCUUAAGAAUGAAGUCUCCGUGCAAGCAAAGACAGUCAAAAGAUAAAAGAGGGAGGAGCAUUAAGAGCACAAGGGAACCAGUAAUACUGUUUUUGUUUUUGUUUUUGCAGAGAAUCUUCUCGAAUUAUUAAGGGAUACACUUCCAAGUUUGGUUUACAUAAAUCACUGAUUUAAAUAUAUACCGUUUAUCUUCUAAAAGUAAAACCCAUACUCAACUGAAUUUUAAAGAAUGUGUAAUCAGGUUAUGUCAGAAGGACAAAAAUGUACUUUUUAAAAAGCAAAGCUGGUUAAAUUGGCUUAUCUUUUUUGGUAAUUUAAAUCAUGAUUUAAAUGGCUUUGAUUAAAAUAACAUCCACUUUGCUCCUAAUGACUUUCAAGGGGCUAAGGAGAGAGGUUUGAUUUCCACAUUUCCUGCAUGGCCUUUGUUCUGCACAAUUGAAGGUGUUUUGGCACUUGCCUUGAGAGAGACCCAUCCUUUCUGUAGUCUCAGUGAGACCAAGAAUUCCUGUAUUGCUAUUCCGCUGUUUGCAGGGUUUAGAUAACUGCCUUCAGGCCACAAAUAGGCCACAAAUACUGCUGUCUGUUUGAUAGAGUGGCCUCCCCAAGUAAAAAUUGUCAUGCAAAAGAAAAGAAAGUAGAAUGCUUUAGAACAUGUCCUUCUCCCCAGUGAAUUCCUUGAAAUGUGUUUAUCUGUAAAUGUAGAAUGUACAUAGAGUUGCUCCAUUUUUCAAUAUUUCUUUUGUUUUAAUAAGUCCCAAGAGAAGUCAUAACAAUAUCCUAGGUUCUUACUGUGGAGCUGAUAGUUUCUGUAAAAAAAAAAAAACAAAGUGAUACUAAACAAUUGAGGGUUCAGAAUUUGAGACUGCAUCUGGAACCAAGCUUUAAAGCCAUGUGUAUGCAAUUCCUACAUAGCUGGUUGAGAAGAGUGGAAAGAUUAAUUAAGACAAGAUUUUUCUUUAGUAAGAGGAAUAGGACUUCCAGGGGCCAACAGGUCAGCUGUGCUUGCAUGGGGAGUCCCAAGGCUUGAGAAUGCUGGUCGCUGGGAAGGCAUGAGGAUGUGUCUUCAGGGAGAACAUAUGCGUAUGGGGGAGGCGUCAGGGUGUAGCGUCUCACUGUGCACGUUUUCGAUAAGGAGGCAGAAAGAGUAAAGAGGAAGAGGGAAGAACAGCCAUCAAGAGAACUUCCUGCCCUCUGUAGAAGCCAUUGCUUCCUGAAUGGAGUGGGAGGGCUCCUUAAGUGGGUGUGGGGACUGGAGAGGGCAGCCCAGGUGUACAGAUGGAACCCUCCCCCUCUUUGGCCUUCUCUGAUCCACACUCUUAGGGUUGCCAGCCCCAGGGCCUAUGGGAUGCCCAGUUGGCUCCCAUAGCCACGCCUUGCCCCAGCCUCCAUACAGAUUGACCCAUUCUCUUGGAGGAGAUUGGGCAUGGGGAAAGACCAGCCUCUCUGUGCCCAAGGAAAGGCUGGGGGUGACCAGGGAUCAGGAAAAGGGAAUGGCUUGGGUGCGAGGGAGGGGGUUGUUUGGGAGGGAGGAACUUGCACAGAGUUCUCUUUUAGGUUGAAGAGCAAACAGUUUUAGUCGUGCACCAAAAGCAGUUGUUAUGCAUCACCCAUGAUAACUGACCAACUUUCUUUUAUAUAAAUCUCUGGCUUGUAAAACUGCCGCUGUAGAAGAAACAACACGCCCUCUGCCAAUUUGAAUUUCCAAGAUCAAAAAGAUCCUUCUUGCUAGACAUUAUGAACUCAGGCAGGCAGUGAUGACCAUUGGGAGAGCUACAGAUAAAAAAAUUUAUGUUGUGAUUCAAGGAAAGAGUUCAAACAUUAGGGUUGAAUUGUCUAGCCUUGGAUGCAGAACACAUAAUUCAUUUGUCCCUUGAACAUGAAUAAACACCCGGGGGCUCACCAGUGUCCUAGGCCACAUGUUCUCUUCCUCAGUUACUCUGUUUUACAUGUGAGGGAAAUGCAGCUCAAUAGAAGUGACGUGAUUUGCCCAAAGACUCACAUCGAGAAGUGACAGGAUCCACAAGUGGCACUCAGACCUGGAGCACCCUUCUGUUUCCACUCCACAGUGGAUGUUCUCUUGUACUGAAGCCCAAAAGAGCAGAAGACAAAUGAAUCAUCACCAGCCUCAUGUAAUUUAACUGGUAAUUUCAUACGCAUCUUUCAUUUUCUCUUCUCUAAAUUUAAAGGACUUUCACCCUUAUGUGCGGUUUUAAAAAUAGGAAUGAUGUUUUGAUCAAAAAGAAAUUAGAAACUUAAAGGGGAACCGCCUCUUUAAACCUGACCUGGUCCCACCAGGUGGUGCCUGUGGGGUGACAGCCUGAGAGUGACUUACGGGAUGGGGGAUGGCAGUCCGAGGGAGGCCUGCAGGACACUCUGUGGCCUGUCCCUAGGCUGGGGUUCAUUUUCUUGUCCUCAUCUUAGUAGCGUUCAUCAUCUGCAAGGGGGGAGCCGGACACUGCUGGGAGAAAAGCAGCCUGCAUUACAAUGGAGAAGCAAGACCGCCCCCCCCCCCCAACUCUGUAGGCUUUCUCCUGUAGCCACGAGGGGCUGCAUAAUCUCUUGCCCUGCAGCCAGGCCUGCUGGGUAGAGGCUGGAAUCAUUUGGUUGUCUGCCUUUUGCAUAGACAUACUGUCUGCUGCAGUCUCCUGUGAAGGAGACAUUAUUAGUAAAAUAUGUGUAAAGAAUGGCUUAGAAGAUACCUUUGUCACUGCCCCUAAACACUUUUAAAAGCAGAGCUGCACCUGUUUUGAGAUAGUAUGGGAUAGGCCAUCAAAAAUACAUAAAAAUUCAAGCUUUGCCCCUAAAGAAGGUUAUUACUGCCCACACUGGGCUACAACAAAAAUUCAAGCAGAAAACCUUAGUAUUAGUUUGCUGUGGCUGCCAUAGCAGGUGACCCCAAACUUGAUGGCUUAAAACCACAGACUUAUUCUGUCAUGAUUUUAGGAGUCAGAGUCCACUAUUGGGGUAUCGGGUGCAUCCUCUCCAGACGCUUUGGAGGAACCCCACUGCUUGCCUCUUUCAGCUCCUGGUGUCUACAGGCAUUCCCUUGACUUGGGGCUACAUCACUCCAGUCCCUGCCUCCGCCUUCAAAUUGUCUUCUUCUGUGUGUGUCUGUGUCACAUCUCCCAUGCAUCCCACUUGUAAGAUGCCUGUGAUGGCUUUUAGAACUCACUGGAUAAUCCAGGAUAAACUGCUCCUCCCAGGAUCCUUAACUUUAUCAUACUCUAUCAUGCUGUGUGAGGGGACAGUCACAGAUUGCAGGGAUUGGGAAGUGAAUGUCUUGGGGAGGAGAAGUGGACAUUUUUCUGCCUCUGUCUUCUCUUUGACAAUUUCUACAUUUUUCAUUUCCUGAAACAUAAAGCUUAUUACCACUGGUUUCACACAUUAUUUCAGUGGGGUUGAUUUUCCUAGAAGGGGCCCCUCAGGAGACCUAAGAGCCCAUCUGGUCUCCCAGGCCUCAGAACAGGCAAAGCCAUGCCUGUGUUCUUUCUCAGAUUGGGGUUGAUGUAAGGAUGAAGAAUCAUGGGCUCUGAGAGCAGGGAGGAGCCUUCAAAAUCAUAGCCUUCCAGUCUUAGGGGGAGACUGAGGCCCAAGAUACAGGGUCACUCAAGUCAGGAGCGGAGAUGGCACCAGCUCUUACUGCUUCAGUCCACCUCUUCCGCUGCUGACCCCAAGCUGUCUCGCCAUAUAAGCCCCUCAGCCAUCCUUCAUGUGGCAGCUCGAAGCACCUGAGAACUCCAUCCCUGCAAAUCCCCCUUUUCUCGGCCAGCAGCCCUGGUUCUUACAAGUACUCACAUUACUUAAUAUCAGAAAUCCUGUUGUUCUGGUUGCACCCCCCUGGAGGUAUCCCCUUUGUAUCAUUGUCUCUCUAAGAACAUAGCUCUCAGACACGAACAGUACUUCCGAGGUAACUUGCCCAGCAUAGGGUAAGGACUGUACCCCUGACUGUUGGAUCUUGUGAGAUGCACGUGUUUUCUGCAUCAUUAUGUGUUACCCUUAGGCGAAUCAAGGUCACAUCUCCACUCUGUUGCACUUCCAGCUUGCACUGAACGUGGGUUCAACAAAAAUCCUUAAGACUUUAAAAUACGAAUUGCUUCCAACCUCUACCUUUUGCCCCUACCAGAUAGAAGAGCCAAGUUUCUAUCAGUAGCGGUAUGGGAUCAGCUUGGGACCCCGAGUAGAUUCCAGAUAGGGAUUCACAGAACAGAUACAUCCACAGGCUGGGGCAUGCUCAUGGAGAUGUAACCAGCAGCAAACAGGGGGCACUUAGGACGUAGACAGUUAGGUGAGGCAUAAAACUGGAGAAAGUCUUCCAUCAGUGGCAGUCUAGAUGGACAGAUGUCUGGCAGAGGAACUGGCCAGCUGAGCAGGCCAAGGGGUAGAUAGGAGCACUGGUGUACAGGGAUGAGACUCCAGCCAGGAAGCUGAUGAAAAGAGUUGAGUCCAGAAAGAUGAGUUAGAGUCCACUGCCAAAACAGGGGAGGGCCCAAGAUAGGAGCUUGAGACCAGAGAGUAAAAGGAAGCCCCCGGUCUGAAGUCAAGAGUCACAGCACUGAUGUGUAUCUGAGGCCUGGAGCCUCACCCACUCAGAGCCUGGGGUCAGGGGCCCAUGGCAGAACUUGUGAAUAGGGCUGAGUCCUCCCAGCUAAGCAGAUUAGAGGGUGUAGGGCAGGCGAUGACACCCUCCUAUAUAUGCACAAAUGAUUUUUUACCAUUGAAAGUAGGGCCUUAUCUCUGUUAAUUCCUUGGGUUCUUUUUUGGUUGUUGUUUUGGUCAGUUUUGGCAGUAUUCCAGCCUGUUGAGAUGUUUUCAAAUCUCUGUUCAUUCCUCUCAUUAAUUGUCCCCUCAGCCAUGAAUUAUUUGUGAUCCCCUUAAGCACAUCUCGAUGAAAACGUUACCAGGGAUAAACCUACAAAGCCCCACUGUGCGAGGACCUCCCUCCAAGCCAGUGUUGCUCUUCUGUGAUGUUAGCACCCCUGGGUGUGGUUGCUCAGUUACCUCUGAGGCCCUCAAACUGAACUGUCACUUGGCCCAGCGUUUCCCAUCUCACUCAGCUAUGCUUUGAAUGACUGACUGUCAGAUGCUUUGCUGACAUCCAGGACUGGUCCAGCAGCUGUAUUAGAAGACAUGUGGUGUGUAUGAAGUUUGUGAUAGUCGGGGGAAAUUUUGUAAGACAUGUGAUUCACCACAGUUCAAGGCAACCCCAUCGACAGAGCCUCAUUUUUUUCAAGUGGAAUUUUUCUGUGGGAACCAUAGAAUAGAAGGAAUCCUGAAUUUAGAUAAUGGGCUGUGUGCAAUGUAAGGAUAAAGAAGCAACAAAACUGACGGAGGAGAGGGAUGGCAGCCUGAACCAGAGCUCCGGGUACCGCUAUGGCACAGACCCCACUCCUCAGCACUACCCCAGCUUCGGCGUGACCUCCAUCCCCAACUACAACAACUUCCAUGCAGCCGGGGGCCAAGGACUCACUGUCUUUGGGGGUGUGAACUCUUCAUCUCACACUGGGACCUUGCGUACCAGGGGAGGAACGGGAGUGACCCUGUUUGUAGCCCUUUAUGACUAUGAAGCACGGACGGAAGAUGACCUGAGUUUUCACAAAGGAGAAAAAUUCCAAAUAUUGAACAGCUCGGAAGGAGAUUGGUGGGAAGCCCGCUCCUUGACCACCGGAGAGACUGGUUACAUUCCCAGCAAUUAUGUGGCUCCAGUUGACUCUAUCCAAGCAGAAGAGUGGUACUUUGGAAAACUUGGCCGAAAAGAUGCUGAGCGACAGCUUUUGUCCUUUGGAAACCCGAGAGGUACCUUUCUUAUCCGUGAGAGUGAAACCACCAAAGGUGCCUAUUCACUGUCGAUCCGAGAUUGGGAUGAUAUGAAAGGAGACCAUGUCAAACAUUAUAAAAUUCGCAAACUUGACAAUGGUGGAUACUAUAUUACCACCCGGGCCCAGUUUGAAACACUUCAGCAGCUUGUACAACAUUACUCAGAGAGAGCCGCAGGCCUCUGCUGCCGCCUCGUAGUUCCCUGUCAUAAAGGGAUGCCAAGGCUUACCGAUCUGUCUGUCAAAACCAAAGAUGUCUGGGAAAUCCCUCGAGAAUCCCUGCAGUUGAUCAAGAGACUGGGAAAUGGGCAGUUUGGGGAAGUAUGGAUGGGUACCUGGAAUGGAAACACGAAAGUAGCCAUAAAGACUCUUAAACCAGGCACAAUGUCCCCCGAGUCAUUCCUUGAGGAGGCACAGAUCAUGAAGAAGUUGAAACAUGACAAGUUGGUCCAGCUCUACGCAGUGGUGUCCGAGGAGCCCAUCUACAUUGUCACCGAGUACAUGAAUAAAGGAAGUUUACUUGAUUUCUUAAAAGAUGGGGAAGGAAGAGCUCUGAAAUUACCAAAUCUUGUGGAUAUGGCCGCACAGGUUGCUGCAGGAAUGGCUUACAUCGAGCGCAUGAAUUAUAUCCACAGGGAUCUGCGGUCAGCAAACAUCCUAGUGGGGAACGGACUCAUAUGCAAGAUUGCUGACUUUGGACUAGCCAGAUUGAUCGAAGACAAUGAGUACACAGCACGACAAGGUGCAAAGUUCCCCAUUAAGUGGACGGCCCCCGAAGCAGCCCUGUACGGAAGGUUCACGAUCAAGUCUGACGUAUGGUCUUUCGGAAUCUUACUCACAGAGCUGGUCACCAAAGGAAGAGUGCCAUACCCAGGCAUGAACAACCGGGAGGUGCUGGAGCAGGUGGAGCGCGGCUACAGGAUGCCCUGUCCGCAGGACUGCCCCAUCUCUCUCCACGAGCUCAUGAUCCACUGCUGGAAAAAGGACCCGGAGGAGCGGCCCACUUUCGAGUACUUGCAGGGCUUCCUGGAAGACUACUUCACCGCCACAGAGCCCCAGUACCAGCCUGGUGAAAACCUGUGAGACCUGGGUCUGCAGAGAGAGGCCUUAUCCAAGAGGCUUCCCCGCCCCCUCCCCAUUAGCUUUCAGUUCCGUAGCCGGCUGCUGCUCGAGCAGCGAGAGCCGUCCUGGAUCAGAUUGCAUGUGACUCUGAAGCUGACGAACUUCCAUGGCCCUCAUUAAUGACACUUGUCCCCAAAUCCGAACCUCCUCUGUGAAGCAUACGAGACAGAACCUUGUUAUUUCUCAGACUUUGGAAAAUGCAUUGUAUUGAUGUUAUGUAAAAGGCCAAACCUCUGUUCAGUGUAAAUAGUUACUCCAGUGCCAACAAUCCUAGUGCUUUCCUUUUUUUAAAAUGCAAAUCCUAUGUGAUUUUAACUGUCUUCACCUGAUUCAACUAAAAAAAAAAGUAUUAUUUUCCAAAAGUGGCCUCUUUGUCUAAAACAAUAAAAUUUUUUUUCAUGUUUUAACAAAAACCAAUCAGGACAGGUGUUUGUUUUUUUUUUCUUUUUUAUAAAUAUGAAUAUAUAUAUAUCUGUCCCUGUACAUACACCACGUGGGUGCUAAUGUGGAGACCAUGGCCAACCCGGGCCAUAAAGCCUCGGGACCCAGAGUGAGGAUUUUACUGCCAAAUCUGCGUAAAAGCCCUGGUAUUACUCUGCACACCAGUGGCAUCCUUUUUGGCUUUUGCAAAGCAUGAUCCUUUUUUUUUUUUUUAAUUUAGAUUGCACUUUUUUGGUUCAUGAUUGUACCUGUAGAUGGCUGUUACUUUGAUUCUUUUCAAAAGCAGCUCCAGAGCUGGAUUCACAAGUUCUGUUUCCAGUAUUUGCUUUGACUUAACUGCAAUUUGGUCUUGAAACCUAAAAGCGUGUUUAAGCAAGCCAACAGCCAAUAGCACCAGGGGAACUGGAAGGUGGAUAACCACACGUACUUCUUUUACAAAAAUAUGAAUGCUGAAAUGUUUCAAACUUUUUUUUUUAUUUAAUAAACCUUGUAACCACAUUUAAAUGGUCUAAAACCCAUAGCGUUAUAGUCUUGGCAACCUGCUAAACUUUCUCAUGCAACUAAAACUUGGGUGGGGGGGGUGUUGUACAUUUCCCAUUGUAAAAUAAGUGUUUUAAACAUCCUGUACUGCUAAUGAAAUGACUUUCUAUAUGUCCAAGAAGUCUCCGGUGGAAUAACUAUGCACUACUUUACAUUUCAUGGGGAUGCACCAAAAAAAAAAAAAAAAAGAAAGAAAGAAAAAGGAAAAAAAGGAAAAAAAAAAAAAAAGUACUACAUUUUUAGUUGCUGUUUGUACCAACCUUGAAUUACAUGUUUAACAACAAAUCAAAAAACCUAUUUCUAUUAAGUUUUUAAUACUGGGUAGCAACUCUGAAAUCUUAAUUCCUUUUUUUUGUUAUGAUUUAUUUGUGAGUUUACAUUUUUAAAUUGUUUAACUUUCUUAAUUUAGUAAUUAAAAAGAGAGCAUUUUACAUUUGAA